AUGUCUACCACCGCAGCCCCGAGAAAGCUGGGUAUCUUGCUUGCCCACGGCGGAAUCCACACACCGACGUGUUUCGAUCCGGCCAAGGCCCGUCCAGAAGCCGCCGGUUUCUUCCCGGUAAUUGCUGUCCGUCAUCCAAGUCUCGGCACCGACCCGACCAUUACCAUGGACGAUGACGCCCGCAACAUCCAGUCAGAGCUAUCCCCACACUCGGAAGAGGGGCGAGAAUUUCUCUGUGUCGCGCAUUCAUAUGGUGGAACACCCAUGGUGGCGGCGGUGCAAGGGUUUUCUACGGCAGACCGAAAGGCAAAUGGGAAGAGAGGCGGUAUCGCUGCUGUCGUCUUCAUCACGAUAGUCGUACCCGCGGCAAGAGGUGGUGGAGCUUUUGAUGUUAUGUCUUCUGAGCUGGAUAUCACGAGCGUUAUCAAUGGAAUUGUGGUGGGCAAACCGGCUGCCAAAAACGUUCUCUACAAGCCUGAUAUGUCAGAAGAGAUGGCUAAUAAGUACAUGGGUAUGUGGGAGCCACAGUCGUUGGCGGCUCUCGCUGGACCUGUCACAUUUUGCAUGGAAGAUUUGAACAUUUCGACCUACUACAUCUUGUGCGAGAAAGAUCUUUGCCUUUCGCCAGCUCUUCAGCUGAAGAUCGCAUCCACAAUUCCGAACUUGAAGAGGUUGUUGCGCAAUCCUGGGGGCCAUUCUGCGAUCAUAACCGAGGUGGAGAAGUUCGUGGAACAGUUGAUUGAAAUUUCGGAGGAAGUUGAAGGAAGCAGGGGUUUUCAACAGUAG